UGCAGAGAGGUUGGCUGAGCUUUGCAGAAGGAGGCUCGCCCAAUGCAGCCUGAAGAAGUGCUGGCCAGGCUGUCUCAAUGCACAGGGAUGGCUUUUUCAUGGCUGGAUGAGAGGGAUCCACAGACCUGUGUCUUCCCCCAAAGGCUUGAGGAACCCUUGCGCAGGAUCUGACUCCUUCUCUCCUCUGUGUACAGCAUGUGUGUGUUGCUUUCUGGAGACAGGGGAGGAGGUUGCUGUAUGAGCUGCAAGGACGCCCAUCAGAGGGGUUUUCUUAAUUUCUUUCUGGAUCUGAGUGGGUCUGUGUGUCUUCUGGUGGCAGAUCAGGGGGAGCAGAAGCAGUGACUGGGAUUCAGUGUUUGCAAACCCCCCUCCUUAAUCAUUCCCUAUCCACCAGGGAAAAGUCAAGUAAGCAUCUGGCUGGCUGGCAGAAUGAGAGAUCGGGAGACUUAGACCAGGCGCUGACCUUCAGGACCUUGGUCAGCAGGUCCGGGCGGUCCGAACGUCUCAGCCUUUUGCUCUGAUAGUAUUUCACCAGCUACAUUCUGGUUAAUUCUAAGCAUCAGAUAAGCUCAGGAUUUUAAGUGCAUCAGUCUGCAUUGGAUGUGGGUGAUCGUCUGCUGGAUGCUGUUCUGGGCAAGGCAUUUAUAUUACUUAUCAAUGAAGCCUAUCUGGAAGUAAGGGUUUAAGGAUUAACCUGGAUCAGGUACACUGCAAGGUCAAAUGCCAGUCUUGUGGCUCUUUACCCCCCCAAAACAAGAGUCAAAUGCCUCUGGAUUUCAUUUCUAAAGGGUGCUCCUGCAAUCUCUGCUAAACUGUCUCUGCUGAUAAAUGCACCAUGAUGUCUCACACAGCCCAACUUACUGGAUUUGGCCAGGUUGCAAGCUAAAGGUGGGGUGAUCAAAGGGGAUAUGGCAUGCUGAUGGUCUUCCCUCCACCUUCUUCUCCUGCACUGGGGAUGCUUUUCCUGAAAUCUGGCUCCAGCUUUCCUAUUUCACCCCUGGCUUCUACCAAGAGUCUGUUUUGAUGGAGACUUCUCUUUGGAUUACAUGACAAUCUAUUCUGUACCUCCAAUGAAGAAAAAAACAAAAGGAGAGAAAUUCCAGUCUAGCAUUCUAGAAUGCCAGUAUUGGGAAAUGGUAGAGGGCAAAGAAGUUACCAGAAACCAAAUUGCAUUUGCAAGACUGUGAAGCUGUUUGUGAUAAUACUAUCUGCAGGUAAAAAGUACAUCUGCAAUCCUGUUCACUCUAGAAGCACCAGAUUGUUUGCAACUUCAUGCUAUGCUGUUACCUAUCAGAGCUUUGGACAAACUAAUGUAUUCAGAUGACCCUGUGAACACCCAAGAGAUGGUUUCCUAAGCAAGGCUUUUCAACCUAAUCUACAAUGGAAAAACUGUUCUGUUAUGUGCUUUUCAUUGGCAUGGCAGUGAGAGCUGAGAUCUGUCCAAAGCGUUGUACCUGUCAAAACUUAUCUCCAAAUCUCGCAACCCUUUGUGACAAGAAAGGGUUGUUGUUUAUUCCACCAAACAUCAAUAGAAAGACGGUGGAGCUACGCUUGGCUGAUAACUUUGUUACAACCAUUAAGAGGAAGGAUUUUGCGAACAUGACAAGCUUGGUGGACCUAACACUGUCAAGGAAUACCAUAAGUUACAUUACACCUCACGCGUUUGCCGACUUGCGGAACCUGCGGGCUUUGCAUUUAAACAGCAACCGAUUGACUAGAGUCACCAAUGAAAUGUUUAGCGGCCUCUCAAACCUCCACCACUUAAUACUCAACAACAACCAACUAACGUUAAUUUCCUCGACAGCCUUUGACGACGUGUUGGCUCUAGAGGAACUCGAUCUGUCCUACAACAAUCUGGAAACGAUACCUUGGGACGCAAUUGAAAAGAUGGUCAGUUUGCACACUCUGAGUUUGGAUCACAACAUGAUCGAGCACAUUCCAAAAGGAACCUUCUCACACCUGCACAAGUUGAAUAGAUUAGAUGUGACAUCCAAUAAAUUGCAAAAGUUACCACCCGACCCUCUCUUUCAGAGAGCGCAAGUGUUAGCAACCUCAGGAAUAAUAAGUCCCACCACAUUUGCAUUAAGUUUUGGCGGAAACCCAUUGCAUUGCAAUUGUGAAUUAUUGUGGCUGAGGCGUCUCUUGAGAGAAGAUGAUUUAGAGACAUGUGCAUCACCUCCACUUCUAUCUGGCCGCUAUUUCUGGUCCAUCACAGAAGAAGAGUUUCUGUGUGAGCCGCCACUGAUUACUAGAUACACACAAGAGCUAAGGGUACUUGAAGGUCAAAGGGCCGUUUUAAGAUGCAAAGCACUUGGAGACCCAGAGCCUGCCAUUCAUUGGAUAUCACCGGAAGGGAAAUUAAUUUCAAAUGGAACCAGAAUUCUCGUUUAUGACAACGGAACCCUUGACAUUCAUAUAACAACUGUAAAGGAUACAGGUUCUUUCGCAUGUAUUGCUUCUAAUCCUGCAGGAGAGACCACAAAAACCACAGACCUUCACAUUAUCAAACUUCCUCACCUGGUUAACAGCACAAAUCACAUCCAGGAGCCGGACCCGGGGUCUUCAGACAUCUCCACGUCUACUAAAUCUGGUUCCAAUGCAAGCACUAGCAAUGGGGAUACAAAAAUUAGCCAAGAUAAGAAAGUUGUAGUGGCUGAGGCUACUUCGUCGACUGCACUUAUUAAAUUUAACUUUCAAAGAAAUAUACCUGGAAUACGUAUGUUUCAGAUACAGUACAACGGCACAUAUGAUGAUUCCCUCGUUUAUAGAAUGAUUCCGCCAACGAGCAAGACAUUCCGUGUUAAUAAUCUGGCAUCUGGAACUGUCUAUGAUUUGUGUGUCCUGGCAAUUUACGAUGACGGCAUCACCUCCCUUACCGCAACCAGAGUUGUAGGAUGCAUCCAAUUUACGACGGAACAAGAUUAUGUCCGUUGUCAUUUUAUGCAGUCCCAGUUUUUAGGUGGUACCAUGAUCAUUAUAAUAGGUGGCAUUAUCGUUGCAUCUGUAUUGGUUUUUAUAAUUAUUCUUAUGAUCAGGUAUAAGGUGUGUAAUGGCAAUGGGAACCAUAAGGCGACAAAAGUAAGUAAUGUGUAUUCUCAGACAAACGGAUCUCAAAAUCAAGGCUGCAGUGCAUCAAUGCCACCAUCGGCCUCCAAGCAGGUUGUAGAACACGAGGAAAGCCCACAGUGUUGCAAAUCUAUGGGUGAGAGUGGGGCACAGUUCUCAGACACUUGCUCCAGCCAAGAUGCCCCAGCUGCUACCUCUGCAUUGCCUCAUGGUUGGACUUCAAGUACUUCUGGGUCACUUAAGCAGAAGAGGAAAUCGGUACUAAAACCUAUGGAUUGUCAGACAGAGACAGUUUUAAAUAUGGAAUCCCAAAAUACGAAUAGGAACAAUUCAACUGCCUUGCGGUUAUCCAGUCAGACCCCUGGCUUGGUCAAGGAAGGUCCGACGUAUAAAAGAGCGCAGUCAAAACCAAGUAAAUUUCUAACGCUACCGGCAGAAACAUCAAGAGCGAAGCGAAGGUACUCUUUGAAUGGAGAAGUAUUAGAAUAUCACUGUUACGUUAACUCCCAGAACACUGGUGGGUUAUGGUCCAAAAGGAGCAUGUCAAUGAACGGCAUCCUUAUUCAGUCGGACAAUUCGGACAUGGACAGUGGCAAAGCAACGUUUUCGAGCUCUGAGUGGAUAUUGGAAAGCACUGUUUAACAAACUGCUUACUUUUAACAAAGAUCAACAUAAAAAAAUAACUCAGAGCACACUUAGAUAAUCGAAAGUUGGAAUUCCAAUGUUGUUGUUACCAUCCGCGGCUUUUACAAACAGGGUUGCGGACGAGCCGACUACCGCACCUUUUUGUUUGCUUUUUAACGGUGUUUUAAUGAGCAAAAGAAAAAAAAAAUAAUAAAUAAAUCAGAACAAAGGUUGAACAAAAUAUGAAACAGCACCAGUGCCUUCCUUCCCUGUAGGACUGGCUUCCUGGUUCUGCAUCAGCAGAAAUAAGAGACUUCAUUCACAAAAAAAGCCUUUCGUAUGGGAAAUUUCCUUCAAGCUAAGAACAAAACAAAACAAAACAAACAAAAAAAAAAAGACCAAUUAUGGAAGAAUUACUAAAAGUAUUUUUUAAAUAACCAGACUGUAUUUAUUUUUGAGUGACAAUGGUGUUGCCUUUAUUUUUAGGCAUAUGCUGUACAGAACAACAACUUAUGUGUUGUUAUGUUGUGUAAAAUAAAAUAUUCAAGAUCUAUACCGAGACAUUGCUGAAAUAAUUACCCGCUGUCGAGUAUUGCAAUUGAGAAUUGAAGUCUUUGUCUGGGUACUUGCAACAUUCACCAUUAUUGUAUAUCAAGUAGGCAUUCAUUCAUUCAUUCAUUCACAAAGCUACUAAACAUACAAUGCAAUGUUUUACAUAUAAUAUUCCAAAAUUUGAGUUAAAAAAUGCUAAUAAUUGGAUUUGAUAAUUCUAUCGACAUUUGCGGAUACCAAAAUCAUUUGCCGUUCUUGUUGUCAUUGGUAAGGUCCCUUUAUGGAAUUAUAAAGUGUUCUAAAAAUCAUAAAAAAUGACUAAUUUUGUAUUUCUAUAUUUUUUUUCUAUGAAAAUGAAAUGAUUUAUAUUCAAAAGGUGUAUUUUAUUGUGUAAUUAUAUUCUACAAGUGUGA